AUCUGAAUAAUAAUGGAUGUUUAUUAAUGAAGUUAAAAUUUUGGUCAUAUUUCAAACAACUACAUAUAAAUAAUUUACAUUGAGAUUGAUAAGUAAUAUAUUUUACCUCUUGUCUAUUCAAUUAUUUGUUUGAAGCCUGAGUGUACAUUUUUGACCUGCUUCAUCAAAGGUGAUUUGGUGUGUAGCAAUAUUAUUUUUCUUGUUCUGUACAAAUAAAUAUUUGUAGUGUAGCGCAAUACACUUGUGUUUAUAUUAUGCUCUUUCAGUGUUUUCAUCAUAGAAAAAAAAAAGGGUGAGAAUUUCUCACCCUUUCUCAAAAACAGGGUAAGAUUUCAAAAAACUAAAAUAAAACACAAAUACAUACUUGCCAACUUUUACGGAUUAUCCGUAAAAUGUACGGAUUUACGUCUAAUUCUACGGGCCUACGGAUUAACCUGGAAUUUAUACGGAUCCCCCGUUUUUAGCGUUGCACGAUUAGCACAUCGGUAAAAUUCCGCGAUUAUCAGCUGCUACGGAGCUAGAGUAAAACCAUUUGUAAAGGGGGAAAACAGAAAAAAUGACAGGAGUUUUCCGAUCUAUUCCAAAGCAACACGGUAACCACACACCCCUUAUAAGUGGCUUAUCCUCGUAACCAUAGUAACGGCACGUUCACGUGUAAACCAGUUGAUUGGUUAUUCUCCUUUUCUCCCUCCUAACUGCUUCCAGUCUCCUUUAGUGAAUGCGCUGUUCCCGUCAUUAUUGCCACUCCCCGUUUCUACUACGUCACUGAACUAGCCGAUCCAAACGUCGUUCUCCCUCCCUCUGUAACGAACGAAAACGGUACUGAACUGUCGACUACUACUUAGCUUGUAAUCACGUGGUGUGCGUUAAAAAUGAAACCGAAGAAAACUUAUUUUCAAUCGUAUAAGAAUUCUUAUACUGCAGAGUUUCCAUGCAUAAAAAAAUCAAACAAAGGAGAAAAGUAUGCUUAUUGUACGAUUUGUUUUUCUGACUUUCUAAUAUCGCACGGAGGUAGAAAUGAUAUACAUCGCCACGUGACCGGACCGAAUCAUGCCAAGAACAUUGAAAACGCUGAAAAUAACCAAAGACUAAGCAAAUUUUUUAAGCCACCUGAUAAUGUCCAAGAUGAAGUAAUGCGUGCUGAGUUAUUGUUUACCUCUUUUUUAGUUGAGCAUAAUGUUCCGCUAAAUGCCGCCAGCCAUGUGGGUCCGCUUUUUCGAAAGAUGUUUCCGAAAAGUGAAAUUGCGAAACGUUACGGAUGUGCUAAAACCAAAACUGCAUCCCUUGUCCAUGAAAUGGCUAUGGAUCGAACUUCAGAAAUCAUUAAAUAUUUGCAAGAACAAGCAUUUACUGCAGCAUGUGAUGGUAGUCACGAAGCUGAUUAUAAGUUGUACCCAGUUGUGGUGAGUUAUUUUAACGUGGAUCUUCAACGCAUUGAAAGUACUUUAUUGGCAAUCCCAAAUUUGGAAGGAAACUCCACAGGUGAAAAUAUAAGCUCCCUUCUUUUAAAUGUGUUUGCUAAAUAUGACAUUCCUUUUAGAAAUUGUAUAGCAUUCAGUGCAGAUAAUGCUUCUGUUAUGCAGGGAAAGAAAAAUGGUGUGAUUUCAUUUUUAGAAAAAGAAAAUGAGCACAUAAUAUCAAUUGGAUGCUGCUGCCAUUUAAUACAUCUUGCCUCUGAAAAAGCUGCUGCAACUUUUCCCGUUAGGAUAGAUGAAGUUUUGGUAGAUAUUUUUUACCACUUAAAAAGGAGCGUUAAUCGUAAGGACUCUCUUAAGAAAUUUCAGGAAAUGUAUGGUAAAGAAGCACAAAAAGUGCUUAAGCAUGUGUCAACUCGCUGGUUAUCGUUAGGGAGAAGUCUUACACGCUUGGUUAAUCAGUGGGAUCCACUUACAAGUUAUUUCAGAGCUGAAGUUUCCACUUCCAGUGUGUCUGUAUCAUCUACUUUGUCAUUUUUCAAAAUACCAAAAGUAGUUGAUACAGAAAGCAACACAAGAGUAGAAAAAUUGAAGGAUAAGCCUAAAGUGGAAACUAAGACACAUAAGCAGGACCCAACUAAUGAUAAAAAAAGGAAAAGUUCACAACAAGAAAUUGUGAAUAUUGUUAAAAGACAUAAAGCUCAAAAAGAUUCUUCAACUUUAUCCAAAGAAGAGAAAAUUUUUAUGUUUUUAUCUUCAGAUUUGAAUAAGUGCUUUAGUUUAUUUCUUUUAAAUGUUAUCCCUACAUUUGAAAAGGUAAAUGUAAUUUUACAGUCAUCUUCCCCACAAAUUCAUCGAUUAAGAGCUCUUCUUUUGGAUAUGUUGAAAGAACUUUUUUCGAAGUUUGUUAAACCUUCUGAGGUUAAAGGAAAAGAGUUAACAUGUGUCAAUUUUCAUUCUUCUUUCAACCAUAAAGAUCAGCAAGAUUUAGUUAUAGGCAACGCAGCAAUGGACUUAAUUUCAAAUUCUUCGGAAGAAGAAAAAUCAUUGUUUUAUUCAGCUGUUAUCAAAUAUUUCAUAACUGCCUGUGAAUAUAUUAUUAAGAAAUUCCCUUUAAAUGAUCAAGUACUCAAACAUGCUGAAGUUGCUGACUUAAAUAAAAUUGAAAACUCCAGUUUUGAAAGUGUGAGAUAUUUUGUAAAUUUGUUUCCCUUCCUUUUAAAAACAAAAAGUAAUGAAACCAAGCUUACAGCAAUGGAUGAACUGCAGAAACAGUUUUGCCAACUUCAGUUGGAAGAUUUGAGUGAAAUAACUGUUCCAGAUAGAUCAAUUGAUGUGCAGUGGUCAAUGAUAAGUCAAAUGAAAGGUGCGGAUGGCAUGUUUAAGUAUGAAAAAUUGGGAAACAUUGUAUUGUCAAUUCUUCUCAUACCACAUUCAAAUUCAGAAUGUGAGAGAAUUUUUAGUUUGGUUAGAAAGAACCGUACUGAAUCGCGAACAAUUAUGUCUAAUAAAACUUUAGAAAGCCUGCUUAUAUUAAAAACCAAAUUUUCUAAAAUCUGUCACGAACAAGUGUUUGAAAAAGAUUUUUUAAUUAAAGCAAAGAAGGCUACUUCAGCUUCUUUAAAUUCAGCAUCCUCUUUUGCUGUUGAUUUAGAGGAAAACCCUUAAAGAACUAUUUUAUUUUGCAUAUAGCAUUUUUUUAAAAAGUAGCAUCAUUGUAAUAGAAUUUGAAAUAAUUGUAAUAGAAAUUGAGAUGACAAAUGGUUGGUUGAUUAGAUAUUUCUGUACAUUUUCUAACAAGUGCAAUUAAAAAAUUUAAUGAAAA